AUGGGCAGAAAAUUCUUCGUCAGUGGCAACUGGAAAUGCAAUGGAACAACUGCAGAGGUGAAGAAGAUUGUCACCACUUUGAAUGAAGCUGAAGUCCCUUCAGAAGAUAUUGUGGAGGUUGUUGAGAGCCCUCCAUUUGUGUUUCUUGCUUUUGUGAAAAGUUUAUUGCGGUCUGAUUUCCAUGUUGCGGCACAGAACUGUUGGGUUCGCAAAGGUGGUGCUUUUACGGAGAGUGCGGAGAUGCUGGUAAAUUUGGGCAUUCCGUGGGUCAUUGUUGGUCAUUCUGAAAGAAGACUUAUUCUAAAUGAGUCCACGCAGUUUGUUGGUGACAAGGUUGCUUAUGCACUUUCUCAAGGCUUAAAAGUUAUUGCUUGUGUUAGGGAGACUCUUGAGCAACGAGAAUCAGGAUCGACAGUGGCUGUUGUUGCUGCACAAACAAAAGCAAUCGCAAGUACUUUAUCAAGCUGGGAGAACAUUGUUUUGGCUUAG